CCCAGCUGUUCCCAGCCCUCAAAACUGCUAUCCACGAUCCAUCGAUCAAACCCAGUCUCAUAACAAUUCUAAAUUCCCAUUAGAGAGAGAAAGAUGAGAUAGAGAGAGAGAAAGAGAGAGAGAGUGUAGGGUUCCGCGAAUGAAUUAAAUUAAAUUGGACUGCCCCCCACCAAUUAUUUCAAUAUCCAACCAUCUUAGCCUUCGGUUGUGUACAUUCUACAGAUCUGUUUCUUUUGAUACUUGCCCCUCUGUCUCACUCCCUGAGAAUCAGUUUUCAUUUUCCUCGAUUGCAGGUGAUGAUAGCAGAAUGGGGAAGAAAGGAAGCUGGCUUGUUUCAGUGAAGAAUGCUUUCAGUCCUGAAUCAAAGGAAAAGAGAGAACAGUCAAGUGGUAAGAAGUCGAAGAAGAAAUGGAGAUUUGGGAAAUCGAAACGGACGGAUGGUUGCUGUUCUUCAGAGGAACCUCCGCAAAAUCCUCCUCAUCCGCCUCCUCAUCCUUCUGAGGAGUUGAAGCUGAGCGAAGCCGAGCAAGAGCAGAACAAGCAUGCCUACUCUGUUGCCAUUGCUACUGCUGUCGCUGCGGAGGCUGCCGUUGCAGCUGCCCAAGCUGCUGCGGAGGUUGUUCGUCUCACCACUGCUUCCCGUUACUCUGGUAAAUCAAGGGAAGAAGUGGCUGCUAUCAAGAUUCAAACUGCCUUCCGAGGAUACUUGGCCAGGAGAGCGCUCCGUGCAUUGAGGGGUUUGGUUAGGCUGAAAACAUUAGUGGAUGGAAGCUCUGUUAAGCGUCAGGCUACAACAACACUGCGUUGCAUGCAGACAUUGGCAAGAGUUCAGUCUCAUAUCAGGGCUCGGAGGAUACAAAUGUCAGAAGAGAACCACGCUCUGCAACGCCAGUUGUUGCAGAAACGGGAGAAGGAGCUUGAGAAUCUGAGGGCUUUGAUGGGGGAGGACUGGGAUGACAGCCUGCAGUCCAAAGAGCAAAUUGAGGCCAACUUACUCGGCAAACAUGAGGCUGCCAUAAGGAGAGAGAGAGCACUGGCUUAUGCAUUCUCUCACCAGUUGCGAAAGAACCCUUCAAGGUCCCCAAACCCGUUGUUUUCAGAUCCAAGCAACCCGCACUGGGGUUGGAGCUGGCUUGAGCGCUGGAUGGCCGCUCGCCCAUGGGAGUCCCGUGAAAGAGAAACCCCUCCGCAAUCCAAAUUAACCAGCCGAAGCAUGGCACCUGGAGAGAUUACCAAAGCGUACGCACAGCGAGAAUCAAACUUAGAAAAGCAAAUCCUUUCUUCGCCGGUUUCACAAAAGCCAGGGGGAUCCCGCCAGAAGCAGUCUCCUUCGACGCCAAAAUCUCGGGCCCCUUCAGUGUCCGGUAGUGGAAGGCCAAGGACAUUGAGCCCCCGUAGCGGGUGGGGUCCACAGGAUGAUGACCUGAGGAGCAUGGUGAGCGUGCAAUCAGAGAGGAAUAGGAGGCAUAGCCUAGCGGGUUCAUAUGUCAGAGACGAUGAGAGCUUGGCGAGCUCCCCGGCUGUCCCCAGCUAUAUGGCUCCGACGCAGUCGGCACGGGCCAAGACGAGGAUGCACGAGGUGACCCCUGAAAGACUGUCAGCAAAGAAGCGGCUGUCGUUCCCUGCGGUAGUUGACAAGAAUGUGAUGACAGUGGCAUCCACUGCAUCCCGGCGCCAUUCGGGCCCUCCAAGGGUGGAUGGGUUGCUCGAGGACUUGGAUGUUAAUAAUACAGAACAUUCAAUGAGCAAUGGUGGUGGGCGGUGAUGAAUGUAUGGUGGUUUGUCUUUGGAAGAUGUUCUUGUGAAUUAUUUUCUUUUUGUUUAUUUUUGGUUUUGGUCAGGGGGGGAUAUUUGGAUGUCUUUGGUGAAUCGUUUUAUUUUAUUUUUCCUUUCCUCUUAAUUUAUUUUUUUUCUUUGGCCAUUCUCAUUGUGUUCAGAAUGUUUGGCAAUCUAGGCUUAGUUUGAUGUUGGUAUUGGGGUGAUGGGGUUUGGAGGGUUUUAGUUGCUGCUGACGACUGUUAUUGUAAUGGUUGGGUUGUACGUGAACAAAAUAAAAAUCAAAACAGAAUUUGAAUA